AUGGAAGCCACUUCGUCUGAAGCGGCCUCAGAGCCAAUUCGAUUCCGCGCCGGCAAGAAACGAAAGGCUUAUCGCCAGCGUGCCCAAGAAGAUGACGACGCCGUCGCAGAAACAGUACAAUCACCCCCUGCCACAUCAGCAGCCGCAUCAAGCGAUAAGCCCAGUCAAAGAAAUACGCCAGACGAGGAAGAGGAUGGAGAAGGUUCAGUUGCUGCCGCACUGAGGCUGCGCAAUGCGCGAAGGAGUCGUCUUGGCGGUGUCGCAUUCCGAAAUUCCAAUCGUCCAGACGAAGACAUGAAUACCGAGCGCGCCCUUAUCCCCCACGAUGCGGAAGAAACCUCAAAUAGCGAGAUAAAGGGCGUCACAGACCGGUUUACGCAUCAAACUGGAAAAAUCGCCGAUCUUAACGAUAGGCACAUGAUGGACUACAUAGAAUCCCGAUUAUCUAAUCGCGCGGUCAGAGAUAGCUCAAAAACUACCUCAUCCGCGUCUGCGUCAGACCCCGCUCGGCAAUCUUCUACAGCGGCGACGAAGCAGGAAAGUGGCCGGGCGGUGAUGCAGGGCCAGCUGAUGGAGAUUGAUCUCGGUGAUCAUGCGCAAGACGGCAACGCUACUCUUAAUGGGCGCGCAGGUCAAGGAGACGGUGCGACAGACGGCGGACGAAGAGCCAAGAAGCCCCGGCUCAGAAGGGAUGGUAAACCCUGGCGUCCGCGAAAUCGCCGAGACAGUGAUGCUGUCAAGCGCGAUCAGAUCGUAGAUGAAAUUCUUCGGGAAACAAGACUUGACUUAUACGAGCCCGCCCCAGAACAAAGCGGUAGCACCGCCGGUGUUGAUCAGGACGGCGCAGCAGACGAGCGACUAGCCGAAGAAUUCCGACAGCAGUUCCUCGAAGAUGUUGCCGAGCGGCAGUUAAGAAAGAAGAAAGCAACAAACCAGCCCGCACGUCCUGGGACUGAGGAAGUCCUCAAAGGACCCAAGCUUGGUGGCAGCCGCAAUGCCAGAGCUCAGAUGAGAGACCUUUUGCUGAAGAAGGAGAAGGAAGGGAAGAAAUAA